UUCAGUCAUGAGGAGCUCUGUGGUGUUUUUCCUGGCUGUCAGCUUUGCCAUGUUUGGAUUUGGCCUCUCUCUGAAGUGUUACUCCUGCCCUCAUGGCUCCUCCAGCAACUGUGAGGUUGAACAGGAGUGUAACCCAGGUGAAGACACGUGCCUGAAACUCACCAGUGAGGGAACAACCUACACUUCAUGUCUGAGGUACGCAGAGUGUGACUUCAUGCAUCUGGCUGUCAGAUAUGCCCUCCCAGACUUCGACUUCAAAUGCUGUCAGUCAAAACUCUGCAAUGUUGAAAGUAAAAGCUUCUUUCAGAAAAUUAAGGAUUUCUUCAGUUAA